AGUCUCUGGAGCUGAUAGCCACAGCAGCAGAGCACUCGAAUGCUGCCAUCCGCAAAAUGGAGCGAAUGCAUAAGCUGCUGAAGGUAUAUGAGCUGUUAGGGGGCGAGGAGGACAUUGUCAGCCCCACCAAAGAGCUCAUAAAAGAAGGCCACAUCCUUAAGCUGUCAGCAAAGAAUGGGACCACUCAAGACCGAUACCUCAUACUAUUCAACGACCGCCUCCUUUACUGCGUGCCCAGGCUGCGGCUCCUUGGCCAGAAGUUUAGCGUGCGGGCACGCAUCGAUGUAGAUGGCAUGGAGCUAAAGGAGAGCUCCAACCUCAAUCUGCCUCGAACCUUCCUGGUGUCAGGAAAGCAGCGCUCCCUGGAGCUCCAGGCCAGAUAUGCUGAGGCAUUCCAGGCCCAGAGAUUGUUCCAGAGACAGGAUGGGCACCUUUCCCCAAAGAUGCAGGCUCGCUCUUCAGCGGUGGGGGUGAUCCCUAAGGGUUAG